UCAUGGCUGUGUCAAAGCAAAAAACUAAACAACGUUUCAGCGAUUCCGAUUGCAGUUUGCGCGAGGUUAAACACACUCCCUCCAUUUUUCGGCCAACCGCGGCAUGUAAAUUCAGGAAGUGCUGCGAGGAAGGAAAAGCGUUUGGGAAAAGCAUCCGUGAACCACGAUGGUAUUUUACUUCACCAGCAAUGUCGUUCAGCCACCGGUGACCCUGUUCAUGGGGUUGGACAAGUACGAAAAUGAGGACCUGAUUCGAUGGGGCUGGCCGGAGGAUGUGUGGUUUCACGUGAACAAGGUCUCGUCGGCCCACGUGUACCUGCGGCUCGAGCCGGGCCAAACGCUGGACGACAUACCGUCGGCCGUGCUGGAAGACGCCUGCCAGCUGGUGAAGGCGAACAGCAUCAACGGCAACAAGAUGAACAACAUCGACAUCGUGUACACGAUGUGGGACAAUCUGAAGAAGACGCCCGCGAUGGAGGUGGGCCAGGUGGCGUUCCACCGCGAUAAGGAGGUGCGCAUGUUUCGGGUGGAAAAGCGCAGCAACGAGAUAGUGAACCGGCUGAACAAGACCAAGCGGGAGGAGACGGUCGACUUCCGGGCAGAGCGGGAAAAGCGGGACGCGCUGGAGCGGGCCGACAAGAAGCGGCUGGCCCGGGAGCAGCGGGAGCUGGAGAAGGAGGAUCUGAAGCGGCGGCAGGAGGAGGCAGAACUCAAGAGCUACAAUUCGCUGAUGAAGCCGGAAAACAUGACCUCCAACUAUGACGCCGGCAACGAUUCGGAUGAGUUUAUGUAAGGCGACGGAGGUGGCGCGGAGAGGAGAGAGAUAACGAAACUGGGUCAAGCGGGGCGGAAGAUUGCGGAUUACGAAUAAAUUAUUAAUUGUUUUAUUUCAGUGUA